AUGGCCAAAGUUCUAGUAUGUGGGCAAGUGGAUGAGGGGAAAGGAGAAGCUCUUGUGAAGAAAGUGCAGUCAGUAGUGAAAAAAUCUGGACCCUUUGAAUUUCUUGUGUGCCUUGGAUGGUAUGAACAUGAUCCAGUGUUACAGAGGAUCCUGAGUGGUGAGACUAAACUAUUGAUGCCCCUCAUGAUAUUGGGUGGAGAUCCCUCAAAGGACACAGACAACGUCACCUUUCUUGCUGACAGUGGUGUCAUCAAGACCCCUGCUGGCAUUCUAGUCGCCUAUCAAACUGAUGUGGCCCUUGGUGAUGAUAUCUCCCAGUGUGAUAUGUUCAUAUCACGUGAGACUGACUUGGGUCUAGCUCAGAAACUUUCAGCCAAGUAUCAUUUUUCAUCUUCUAAGGAAUCCUUUGAGGAAUCUUUGCUUGGAGCGCUGCGCCAUAUCAGUCUUCCUCUUGUAGGUUCUCCUCAAGCUGAAAAAUGGAUCUAUGCCUUUUCUAUGGCACCUGUGAGAUCACAGGUGCCAGCAAAAACGAAGAACAUGAAGAUCCUUCUCUGUGGAGAUGUGCAAGGGCAAUUUGAAACAUUCUUAAAACGAGUCAUGUCUGUGAAUUCCAAGAGUGGACCAUUUGACUUGCUGCUUUGCGUUGGGAACUUCUUUGCAUCAGCCACAAAGGAACAAGACGUGAAAGUAGAUAUUCCUGUGCCCACAUACAUCCUUGGUCCAAACAGUGCUGAGGUCACCCAUCUUUUCAAGGACAUCGAAGGUUAUGAAAUGGGGUCAAACCUGACCUACUUGGGUAAGUCUGGUAUUCUGACCACACCAACCGGACUCAAAAUUGCAUAUCUGAGCGGCAUUGAAGCGACGACAUCCUCUCCUUGCACCUUCACUUACGGAGACCUGAAACGCUUUGAAGUGGAAUGUCAACUGAGCGUCAGUGCUGGUGUUGACAUCCUUUUGACUUCACCCUGGCCAAGGGAUGUGACCAGAUAUGCAGCUGAUGUCAAUUACGAGCAUUCGUCCGGUCUGGUGUCGCACCUUGCAGUCGCUCUGAAGCCACGCUACCACUUUGCUGCUCUCAAUAAUGUGUUUUACGAACGGCUGCCAUAUCGGAAUCACAUAGUUCUGCAGGAGCAAGACCGGCCCGUGACCCGAUUCAUUGGCCUGGCCGCUGUUGGGAACCGGAACAAAGACCGCUGGCUCUAUGCUCUGAACUUGACUCCUAUGUGCCAUUUGGAUCUGAAGGAGUUGCGCCGACAGCCCCCCGAUGUCACAGAAUCACCUUACAAGAGUCUCCCCGCUCCCGUGAAGGAGUCAGUGAAGGAAGAGGCCCGUCAGCAGUUCUUUUAUGACAUGAGUUCCCCUCGGGGACGUGGCAGAGGGGGAAAACGAGGUCGUGAUUUCGCGCAUGAAGGACACGGAGGCAAAAGGGGCCCUCCCCAGUCCUACCAAAAGGGUCCAUGUUGGUUCUGUCUCUCCAACGCCGAGGUGGACAAGAGUCUCAUCGUGAGCAUAGGUGAAAGCGUGUACAUGACCCUGGCCAAGGGAGGCCUCCUGGAGGAUCACAUCCUCCUCAUACCCAUCGAUCACGAACAGUCUCUUUCUGCACUCUGCCCCGAGACUCAGAGAGAAGUGGAAAUGUUCAAGGUGGCCCUCCAGCAAUUCUUCUCCAAGCAAGGAAAAUCCAUUGUGAUUUUUGAACGCAACUACCGCACCUCCCACUUGAAUCUCCAGGUGGUGCCCAUCCCCAAGUCCAAGGAAGCCAAGUUGGAAUCAGCAGUUCAAGAUAUAAGCACUCGGUAUGAGAUGGAAUUGGUCCAAUUGCCUGAAUUUGCAAGUCUGAAGCAGAUUGCCCCACAGGGGGUGCCAUAUUUCUACAUGGAACUCCCGGGAGGGAAGAGGCUUUACUAUAAAAUCCAGUCUCGGUUCCCUCUUCAAUUUGGUCGGGAAGUGUUGGCCCACAAGGAUGUGUUGGACCUGGAAGACAGAGUGGAUUGGCGAGCCUGUGAAAUCCCGCGGGAAGUAGAGGAUUCCUUGACCAAGAAAUUCCGGGAUGCCUUCCAACCCUUCGAUCCCAGUCAGUCCCAGAACUAA